GUUACUAUAUAAUGGCGUGCGCGAAUGAAAUGUGAAAACGAUCACCGGCGAUAGAAAAUUCAGCGCUUGCUCAAUUCCCCUUUCCCAAAACCCUGAAUUUUCAAAAUAAAAACAAAUCCCACAAUCAAGGAUUCAACAAAUCCCACAAUCAGGAAUUCAAUCGAGCAGUUGGUUGACUACCAAGUAUGAGGAAGAGAGAGAGAGAGAAUCCCUGCGGGAUUUGCGGGCACUACCACAAGUACGAGGAGGGCGAGGUCUGCGGCAUCUGCGGCCACCGCAUCCCCGCCACCGUCGAGAAAUCCGUUGUCCACGUCAGCGCCUUCGCCUCCCAGAUCCUGCCGGACUUCCUAUAUUUAGGCAGCUUCGACAAUGCUGCCCGCUGCGAGCUUCUCAAGUCGCAGGGCAUCUCCUGUAUUCUUAAUGCUGUCCCUUCUUGUCAGAAUUUGUACAAGAACUCUUUUACUUAUCACCGUCUACAGUAUGAUCAGAAACUUCCAUUCGAUGAUGCGAUUCAGUUUCUGGAGCAAUGCGAAAAACAGAGGGCCCGGGUUCUCGUGCACUGCAUGUCUGGUAAAAGCAGGUCUCCCGCCAUAGUAAUGGCUUUCUUGAUGAAAAGCAAGGGCUGGAAACUCGCACAGAGCUAUCAAUGGGUGAAAGAACACCGGCCUUCAGUUGAACUAAAUCCAGCGGUCCACCAACAAUUACAGGAAUUCGAGCAGAUAAUAUUCGGUUCGAUAGAAAAUAGUGGUGUGGGCAUGCCUAAUCUGUCUUUUCUAAGCUUUGGCUUCUCAAGGCCAAAUGACACACCGCUAGCUCUAGCAGCGGCACCAGUUUUCACCAACACUAGUAGCAGUGCUUCUAUCUUCAACCGUCCCUCACUCGACGUGCCCCCUCAAGAAUUCACCUUCGGGGCUGGCCCGACUCCUCAUAACUCCGGUCUCAACAUCAGCACCAAUAUCCCUGCUGUCAACGACUUUUCCAUGGAUGGUUCUUGAUUGGUGGGGUUCCGAUCAUAUAUGCUGCUAGUGAGAAGUAGGGUUUUCCGGGAUGCAAAGUGAUGAUGUUCAGCAUCUCCAGCCUUUGAUGAAUUGAAUGAAUCUUACCACACUUCUCUCUUGUGAAAAUAUAUAAAGAUGAGAAUUUCUUUGUUUUGAA